AUGGAAGCAGAAACCGCUCUUUUGCUUUUGGUAGGCUUACUCAUCGUCGAGGGAAGUGAUGACUUUGAAGAAAGAAAGAAAUUCCAUGGUAAGUUUGCCCAUAAGAUCGUGAAUGCAGGACAUGAGGUUGAUGAGGAUUACGAGUACUAUUUGUGGAAAAAGUACGGCAAAGGAAAACUGGGAAAAACUAUUCAAGAAGAAAGCUUAAGCAGUGGCCCAUCAGUACAGUAUCGAAAAAAUAGCGACACGUACAGCUCAUACUACAGUAGUCCAAGUUACAGUUAUGGGUAUCCGGCUUACAAUUAUGCUUCUUCAUAUCCGUACUACAGCAGUGGAUACGGUUACGGAUAUCCCUCAACUGGCAGUUAUGGUUAUGGGAUUCCCUGGCUUGGCAAUGGCCUGUUCAGUUUGGGAUUUGGACGGGGGCUCGAUAUCAUGACUCCAAUCGGCGGUUUCGGUAUUGGCAGUGGAUUCAGCAUAGGAAUCGGAUGA